AUGAAUCGAAACGUGCCAGAAGCCAUCUUUAUCUUUGAAGAACAAUCGACUUCCGCCAUCUGUGCCACUACCACUGCACAAUGUGCCAAGAUUCCUCUUGGCUUCAGCAAAGCACGGAGGCAUGUAAGCCUUCAGCAGCCAGGCUCACCGAACGAUGCUGUCGAUCAAGAGAAGAAAGAUAUCGAUGAACAUUUGGCAAGCACAAUGAAGAACAUGAGUGUUCGAGAGCGAGAAGCUGCAUUGGAAGAAGUGAAUGGAAUUGUUGAUAAGGACCAAGAAACCGCGAUGGAGGAUCCUGCUGUCCUGGACCGAAAUCUUAUCGAAUUAAACGAACAUCUUCAGAAAAUCAAGAGCAAUAGCAUCUACGAAACAGCAGAAUCCAUGGAUCCAGACCAUGUACAAAAUCGCAAGUUUCGACUCAUGUUUCUACGCUGCAAACGUUAUGAUCCCAAAGGAGCAGCCGAACACAUAAUCGGUUUCUUUGAAACCAAAGAGUGGCUCUUUGGAAAGGAAAAACUAUGUAAAGACAUUACGCUCGAUGAUCUGAGCGAAGAGGAACGCGUGCUGGUUCAAAAAGGUCUCUCGCAAGGCAUUUCAAGAGAUGUGGGAGGACGUAUGGUCUGUGCCUAUAUGCGGGGCAUGGUCAAGAAUAAAGAUGCUAUGAAUGAGUGUCGAGCCAAGUAUUACACGCUGAUGGCCCUGGCGGAAAGCGAGGAAACGCAAAUCAAGGGAAUGAUUGCUCUGUUGUAUGUGGUGGGUGACUAUUACAAGGAUCACACAGGAGGAUCGGAUGGCAUGGCCAAACUCGGAAGAGUUGCUCCGACUUUGCCUAUACACUGGGCUGGUUUCCAUUUUUGCUGCGACAACACGGUCCAAUAUGUCUUGAUUCGAGCUCUUGUAUUGACAAUGCCCAAACACUUGGCUGCCAAGUUUCGAUGUCACAAGGGUACGCACAUCGAAUGCGUAUACUCUAUGCGGACCUAUGGUAUUCCUCCUUCCGCUCUGCCUAUUCCAGAUACUGGUGCAAAUAAGCCACCAUUGAUGUACCACCAUACGAUCUGGUACCAAAAUCGCGAAGAGAUAGAUAGAGAAAAGGAUAGAAUGCUAGGAAUGAAACAGCACCACCGAAUAAGGUCGAGAGAAAACGAACAGCUACAAGAAGCACCUACAAACACAGCAAACAUCAUUCCAGACGAUGAUGACGAAGAGUCCUUUGGAGAACCACUCGCGGUGGACUCGAGAGUUCCACUCAUAAAUGACUUCGGAUUUUUUUUCAUGGAAGAGGGCAAUGCUGAACAAUUGCAACAGCUUCCACAGACACAGACAAGAAUGCAAGGGGCACCCAAAGGAGUGUUCUUAGGAGGACAAAGCGAAGAACCGCCGCUUUUCGUUGCUCCGGGAUGGCAGAGCCAAAUCGAUGCAACCGGCGGCUUCUUCCUUAAUGUGAACAACACUAGCAUUACGCCUCGGCGUACCGACGUCCUGUUCGGUCCCAAACACAUGUACCACCCUGGUACUCUGCAUUUACAACAAAUGAUCUCGCAGCAGCUGCCAGUUUUUGAAUCCAUUGCUCAUCGAACAGACAAAACCAAAUUUGUAGGUACAUUGGUGCAAUACAUGAAAGCUUCUGGGAAUCGAUUUCUCACCGUCGAUAAGGGGUCCAAUCGAUGGGUAGAGGUGGAUGACAAGGUUGCAAGGAACAAGGUCGCCAAGAUAUUCCGGAACAAGCGGCGGACAACAGGUCUGGGGCCUUCAUUUUAUGAAAAUCAAAGGGCUGCUGCCAAAUAG